AUGGCGAAGAGACAGCGCAGACAACGCAGUCCGGACGCCAAUUUUGCCCGCGAGGCUGCUACGGUCGCCGCCGGAAACAAGAGUCAGUUUGGGGAGGAAGAAAAGAAGGAGAUGGCGAUGAAUAAACAGCUUGACCUCUUUGCCCCGAUUCUGCAGCACUACAUCUCGCUCUUGGCGCCCACGUGGACCGUUGGUCCGGGCGUGGGUAGUGAUGAUGGGGCUCAGGUCACGAAUGACGUGAAGCCGGCCAGCCGUCCCGUGCAUAACGGGAAGGGAACAGGGGAUGUCGGUUCACAAGAGCAGCAGCAACCGGAGCAGAAUUCCAGUGAAUUCUCACUGCCCCAACGUUAUGAGGUGUUAAAUUCCUUUGUUUUUCCUUCCACAGUCAACGGCUAUCUUUCUCGCGUUUCAUUGCUUCCGGACGAUGAUAAUUCUGGCAUUGAGAUGAAGCGGCACCGUGUUGAGUCGUUUCCGCAUCAAAAGGAGAGAGAAGAGAAGUUGCUGGAGAGCAUAUGCCGCAUCGCAGAGGCACGACUCCCGCCGUUUGCGGAUGACAGUGAAUUCAUUGCAGCACACGAGUCUCGGUAUGUUUGGAAUGAAUGGGUCGCCCUUACCUCCGUUUUUGCCAAUGCCAACACGCAACUGCUUCGGAUGGUGACGACGGCGAAGUUGGACCUUUUCCAGCAGUGUCGCCCCUGUCAAAAGGUGGCGAUUGACAUGUACACAUCUCACAUCACCACAAGACUGCAGAAGAUGCGAUUACCACCCCGUGUCGUUCGUGUGGCGCAAAAGUUGCAGCUUCAGCCCCGCGAAAUGGAGACGUUGACUUAUGUGCUUGUAUGCCAUUGUGGUUCCGUGUGGCCGCUGAAUUGCGGCGGUAAUGGCUCUCUGACACCUGCCGCCCUUGCGCUUCACAACAACCUGAGCUCGUUUCAGCUGAUGCAUUUUCUUGCAGAUUACCGCGAGCACAUAAAGCAGGGAAUGCUGACAUCGGAUAUUAAGCUCAAGAGCAGCUUUAUGGACUGCAGGCUGGCGAUGCCGCAGGAGGUCAUCGCAGCACUAUCAGGGGACAGUCUGUCGGAGGAGCAGUUGAUACGGCUGGAGAAGACGGCAUUGGCGGAAAUUCUCGUGGAGGAGCGUGAAGAUACAAACAUGACAGCAGCGGCGGGAACGUCAGGUGAAAAGGCGAUGUAUAAAACCGAGAAAACGCAUCACCCAAACAACGAGGACGCCGAGGAGGAGAUGUCAAACUGCACCAGCGGUGGCAGCACGCCCAAUCUGGAGGCACUUGUCGUUGACCCGAACAUCCUGCAAGUCGGCGAAGAGGGCAACAUUGAGACGGCGGUGACGGAGCGACUGCAGAAGUUGCUUUCGAACCUUCAGCAACCGCAGCAAGGUGGUGGUACUACUGGACGCAAUGGCAGUGUCGCGUCGUCCACCUCUUGUGUUGUGACAGGGUCCACUCUCCAUGUGCCGUAUGCAAGCGACAUUGAUUACAUGGACGAGUCAUUUAAAUUGAUUGCAAAUGUUGUGCGGCUUCGAGGAGCGGAAAGUGAAAUAAAGGAUGAGGAUGAGGCGAUUUUUACACCAAAGACAAAGAUGGAAGCAAUGAUUCGAGAACUUCGAGGUAAAGUGCGCGUUGCUACGGCUAUUCAUCGUUCCCGCACCGAAGCAACAAUAAAAGCUGGAAAAUUUCUUCCGCGUAUUGAAGCACUCUCACAGCGUCUACAACUUUCCGAUCUUGAAAAGCGCAUUAUGUUGUUACUCAUUGGAAAUGUCGUUUCAAAUGACAUACUUAUUGCCAUUAAUGGCCGUUAUGUCAUGCGGGAGGGACAACGAGUGCUGACUGUUGGCUACAUUCUCUUUGUCCUUUGUGAUAAUUUAAAGGAGCGUGUGGCAGCCCGCAGGUCUUUUUAUCAGUCUGGCCCGCUUAUCUCGAACAGUGUGCUUUCCCUCUCGCUGGACGGUGGUGGCCGCACCUGCUUUAACACAGACCUCAUGGACUACGUUGUUGACAUUGAUCGCAAGAUUGUGGAUUAUCUCAUGGGUACGGAGACGGAGACGGCGGAAAUGGUGCCCGGAUCACGUCUUUACAUGCCGGUUGUACCAAUGGAAAAGGUUGUGCUGCCAAAGAAUACCACGGAUAUGGUUGUUACUACGAUUCAGCAUUAUACGUUAUUUGAGCAAUGCAAGCGGAGUUGUGGUUUCCAUGAAGGACUGGGCACGAGCACAGGCGGGCUGGUCUUCCUCUUCUACGGGCCAAGUGGUACAGGCAAGACCAUGCUGGCUAAUGCAGUCGCCCAUGAACUUCACAAGCGUAUUCUUCUUGUCAGCUUACUGCAGUUUAAGAACGACACUAAGGCUCCAGAGAUGUUGCGUUUUAUCUUCCGUGAAGCGAAGUUAAACGAUGCGAUAGUGUUCUUUGACGAGUGUGAAUCCAUCUUUGAGUCCCGUGAGACCAACCCGCUUGUUACUUCCAUUCUCGCCGAAUUUGAGAAAUACGAUGGCCUGAUUGUGCUUGCGACAAACAAGGCACAAUUGAUUGACGAGGCCAUGAAUCGCCGCAUCUCCCUCAUGGUGGAGUUUCGCCUUCCUGAUCAACAGAUGCGGGAAAAAAUUUGGCGUGCCCACCUCCCAAGUAACCUUACACUGCACGAAGAUGUCUCUAUCGCCACCUUGGCACUCAACUAUGAACUCUCGGGUGGUCUUAUCCGCAACGCGACACUCGCUGCUCUUAACAGGGCGGUGGCGCGGGAGAAGACAUCAACACCAACGUUAUGCAUGCGGGACUUUGAGGAGGGCGCACGACUGCAGUUACGCGGCUUUUUUCUUGCGGCAGAGAAACCGCCUGGCGCUUCCACGGAGUCGUAUAUCACUCCAAAGAGGUCGCUUGCCGAUCUUGUGGUGGAGCGGCAAACGCAAAAACAACUUGAUGCCGUGGCCCGGCUUUCGAAGGGCCGUAGCACACUCUUUUCACAGUGGGGAUUUAACGAGGACGAUUGUGUAGAUCAAGGGGCUCUGUAUCUUUUUCACGGUCCUAGUGGAACUGGGAAGAGUCUGGCAGUAGAAGGAAUUGCGUAUGAGUGUGCCGCAACGAUACGCCUCUGUAAUGUGGCAGAACUGUUGCUUGUUGGGGCCCUGAAGGUGCAUGAAGUGUUUGAUGAGGGCCGUAAACUUGGCGCCAUUAUUGUUUUUGACGAGGCGCAAGUGUUGUUUAAUCAUUCUGAACAGAGUCUACAUGUGGCGAAGCUUAUCUACUAUCAUGCCGUGCGCUAUCCACGUCCCGUUAUUUUUAUUGCAACAACAGGAACGCCAGAAGCAUCAAGCAUCGAUGUGCGUGCGACACCCUUAAUCUUUCAGCAGGAAAUUCUUUUCCGUCUGCCAACGCAGCAGCUCCGACGAGAACUCUGGCGGCGAGCGCUGCCGGAGAGGAUGCCUGUUGCCGACGAUAUUGAUCUUGAUGUGCUCAGUGAGACGCCUGUGUCGGCGAAGACAAUCCACUCGGCGGCAUUUAACGCCUGCUGCAGUGUGGCCAUGCUGAACAGCGAGGAGCGUCGACUGACGAUGCAGAUGCUCCGUGAUGAGCUUGAGAACAUACGGCUAAAGGAAAAGCACUGCCAGCCCCAUAGUGUUAUGUUUGCGUAA